AUGGAGACAUGGACUGAAGAUGAGAUAUCGUCCUCUAAUCUGAAUAAUAAAGCACUGAAUUCAAUUGUAGGGUCUCUACAUGAAUCAGUGUUUACCUUGGUUACAGGAAUAAAAGAGGCAAAACAUUAUGGGAAAUCCUUGAAACAAGAUUUGAGGAAUUUGAUGAAUCGAGCAUCAGUCCUGGGGGAACCUUUUACGGAUGAAAGAGUUGUCAAGAAGAUCCUUCGCUCUCUGCCCAAACGAUUUCGAAUGAAAGUGACUGCUAUUCAGGAAAACGCAGGAUGGGAGAAAAAGAGUGUGGGAGAGCUUAUGGGUAAUCUGCAUACUUAUGAACUUCAAGUGUUGGCUGAUGACGACCCUGCGGUCAGCAGAGAAGGGAAAUCAAUGGCUUUUCUAGCAGAAGCUGAUAGAGAAUCUGACACUGAUGACAUAGAUGAUGAAGCCCUAGCCUUGCUAACAAAAAAUUUCAAGAAAAUUCUGAAAGGUUUCAAUCGGAGAAGUCAAAGACAAUCCAAUAGGACUCAGUACAAAAGUGGAAACUCAUCUUACCAGAAAUUAGAACUGUCCACUUUCACAAAGAAUAGUCAAACCCAGACUAGACGGACAGGUCAAUUCAGGACUACAUCUAAUGAUACAGCUAAAACCUUAAAUCGUGAUGAUGAAGAAGAAGCAACAGAUGACCCGUCUGAUGAAAAUGUGGGUAACUUCGUAGCCUUCUUCACGGCAACGGAGGGUCACUCAGAAGAAGAUGAAAAUGAUGCAUGUUGGGAACAGCUAGUGAAAAUCAACAAGAAUCUGAAUGAUGAUCUGAAACACAGAGAUGAUCGUCUGAAAGAACUAAACACUGAAUUAGUUGCAAAAGAGGACCUUAUCACUCAGAUCAGAUCUCGAGAGGGAAAAUUGAUAAAGGAACUGGAGGAUCUGAAGAAAACUAUCAGGAUGAUGGAUACCACGUCAACCUUAGACAGAAUUCUGGAUUCAGGUCGAAAUCCUAAUGAUAAAAAGGGUCUUGGAUUUGAACAAGGACAGUCCUCAAUGUCAGCUCCUACUUUUGUCAAAGAAGGUACCGUUGAACAAGGCCAAUCAUCAAGAUCAACUCAGUUUUACCAAAAAGGAAACAGGUUCACUUCAAUUACUGAGUCUGAACCUGGCAAAGUCAAAUUUCAAUCUCAGCACUCAAGAGAUCAGAGGAAGGAGAAAUAUCAGAAUAAAUCAAUUACUCCCUUCACAAAACAAGUUUGGGUUAAAAAAUCAGAAGUUAUCUGCUAUCCCACCAUUGUGCUGACCGCCUCUAUGACUGAAGUAAGAUGGUACUUCGACAGUGGUUGUUCCAGGCAUAUGACUGGGAAUGCUAAGUGUCUCAUAGCUGUUCAACCCAACAGUGGGUCAAUGACAUAUGGGGAUGGACAAAAGGGAAAGAUAGUUGGUAAAUGUAAGUUGAAUGUGCCAGGACUACCACAUCUGGAUGAUGUUCUUUUAGUUAGUGGCUUGAAGGCAAAUCUCAUUAGCAUCAGUCAGCUGUGUGAUCAGAAUUGGGAUGUGUGUUUCAACCGAGACUGUUGUAGAGUCCGCAAUAAGUCUGUUCAAGUGGUAAUGGAAGGAACUCGUUCCUCUGACAAUUGCUAUGUGUUAACUAGUGAAGCUACCUGUCUUAUGUCAAAAGCAGAAGAAUCUAAACUUUGGCAUCGACGCUUGGGACACAUAAAUUUCAGAGAUAUGGACAAAGUAGUCAAACUAGAUGCUGUUUGA